AUGAGAACAUCGCAAAGGCGACAAGAUGAAACGGAAGAGCAAGACGCAGAGAGGAGAAAAGACCUAAGAAUGAGAACAUCGCAAAGGCGACAAGAUGAAAUGGAAGAGCAAGAAGCAGAGAGGAGAAAAGAUCUAAGAAUGAGAACAUCGCAAAGGCGACAAUAUGAAAUGGAAGAACAAGAAGCAGAGAGGAGAAAAGAUCUAAGAAUGAGAACAUCGCAAAGGCGACAAGAUGAAAUCGAAGAGCAAGAAGCAGAGAGGAGAAAAGACCUAAGAAUGAGAACAUCGCAAAUGCGACAAGAUGAAACGGAAGAGCAAGAAGCAGAGAGGAGAAAAGAUCUAAGAAUGAGAACAUCGCAAAGGCGACAAGAUGAAAUGGAAGAGCAAGAAGCAGAGAGGAGAAAAGAUCUAAGAAUGAGAACAUCGCAAAGGCGACAAGAUGAAAUGGAAGAACAAGAAGCAGAGAGGAGAAAAGAUCUAAGAAUGAGAACAUCGCAAAUGCGACAAGAUGAAAUGGAAGAGCAAGAAGCAGAGAGAAGAAAAGAUCUAAGAAUGAGAACAUCGCAAAUGCGACAAGAUGAAAUGGAAGAGCAAGAAGCAGAGAGGAGGAAAGAUCUAAGAAUGAGAACAUCGCAAAUGCGACAAGAUGAAACGGAAGAGCAAGAAGCAGAGAGGAGGAAAGAUCUAAGAAUGAGAACAUCGCAAAUGCGACAAGAUGAAACGGAAGAGCAAAGCGACCAUCAGACGGAUGCUUUAACAGUUGCUGCCACAAAGGGGAAGUCCUGCCUCCAGUUCGAAGAGAAUUUCCUCCAUACUAACGAUGUCUGUUGUCAGGCCCUCAACAUCCACAUUAUGUUAACUUCAAAGACAACAUAA